UAUACAACAAACCUAGCUACCUAGUAAAAAGUCAUGGGGUGUAUGAGGUUCAAAAGCUUUUUUCUUGGGAUUUUGCUCUUUUUCGCUGCUCUUGGUGACUCCUUUGCUGCUGAUGCCCACCAUGCAAUUGAGAAGGUAGAAGGCAAUAAUAACGCAAAUGGUGGUGAUAAGGUAUUCCUUGAUGAGGCUAGGACAGUUACCACAACUAAAAGCGUGUGGUCAAGAGGGAGAAAGAUGGGUGCAAAAGAUGAGGUGGAGAAGAAACAUGAAAUGGAAGCGAAGGGCCCAAAGAACACAGGAAAGCCUAGGAACUUUUCAAAGAAGCCAUCGAGGUCAUCGAGAAUGAACAUACAAGACAAGGAUGCUAGCACCUCGCUGGAGUCAUCAAGCCCAUCAAUAGCAGCCAACAUGAAUUCUAAAGGGAGUUCCCAUGGGAGCGUGAAACGCUCGAGUAAUCAAGAACGCCACCCCCCAGCCUUUGUAACAUCCUCGACAGAUCAUGGUAGCUUGGGAUUACCAGCAGGGGGGACAUUAUCAGCCUUCCAUGGAUCUCAUGAUCCAUUUCAGACAAUCAAUAUACAAAAACAUCAAGAUGCAGUGACUGAGAUGUUCAACAUGCUGAACAAAGAUUAUGCAUCGAGGGCCCGUCGCAAGCCUCCAAUCAACAAUGAUAUACCAUUAGAGGAUCUUGAUGUGGAACCCUAGUUGUAUGAAUGAUAUUUUAGACAGGAUGACCUCUCUCCUACUUAUUAUUAAUAUCACCAUCACUUAGAUAAACAGGUCCUAGGUUGGAUUUGUUUUUCAUUAGUCAAUAAUAGUAAACUGGACAUAAGCUGUUCAAUAUAUAAUGCCUCUUAGCCUCCCUAGUCCAGUCUUGGUUAUGUUGAAACAUCCACCGAGAUUGGGCAAUUUUGGCCAUAAGUGAGGUUGAGGUUUGUACUAAACUCCAACUUUAGACUUGAAAUGUUAGAUAAUUUUAAUAUGCACCUUGUGAGCUACUUGUUCAUCAAUUUUCAGAACAGGACAAUAAUUGAAGAAGGCUGCCAAGAGAAGCAAGCCCACAUCGAGCAAGUUGACUUACUUUAUGUUAUGUAAAGAGUACAUAUAUUUAGAUAGAGUGUAUUUGAAAUGAAUUUAGGAUUUAUUUCUUAUGCAGGAUGAUAAUUAUGGUUUUUCCCUCCAUGUUAAACCAGCCACUGCACUCCAUUCUUCUUCUCCUUCAUUUUUCAUGUUUGAUUCUAAAGAUGCCCUAAACUGAUGUUUCUUGCUUUUUAACAGAUUUUGGUUUUCUGAGCAAUGUAAAUACUUUGGGGUUGUGAUUACUCCUCAAAAAUCUGUAUAACUGUUUGGUUACAAAGAUGGAGGAUAGAAAGUUUUAGCAGUAAA